AUGGACGGCACCACGAUCAACGACGCCGAUCUCCAGCGGCUCAACGAGAAGGACAAGAGCGAGCUGCGCACGAUCCUCAACAACGAGGCGCAAAAGUCGCGGGUGCAGAGCACCGUCCACUCCCUCACCGAUGUUUGCUUCACCAAGUGCAUCACGGGGACCAUCAAGAGCGGCAAGCUCGACCGAACAGAAGAGAGCUGCAUGGCCAACUGCGCCGAGCGGUUCCUCGACGCGAGCAAGUUGACCAUGUCCCACCUGCAGGGCAUGCGGAACUAG